GUGGAGCACCCAAUAAGCAGCUUCAACAGGGAGCUUAAAAACUGGCAGAUGAAAAAAAGCAAAAAGGAAAGAAGCUCAAGAACAAGAAUUUCCAAAUUGCACAUGGAGAGAGUUCCUUGUAAAAUUAUUUAGAAAGGUUAAAGUUAGUGACAGGCUGUAAAAUUUGCAGCUGUUGUAACUGCUCAGAGCAAGUGCAGAAACUGAGACACUUUUUGGGACAUUUUCUUUGCUCAGCUUGGCCAAGAAAGAAAAACAAGACAUGUCUCUGGAGGUGAAGGAGAAGACCCACGUGCGCCUAGUGUUUCUGGGAGCAGCAGGUGUGGGGAAGACAGCCCUUAUCAGACGGUUUCUCCAAGACACCUUUGAGCCCAAACAUCGUCGCACCGUGGAGGAGCUGCACAGCAAAGAGUAUGACAUUGGGGGGGUCAAGGUCACCGUGGAGAUCCUGGACACCAGUGGAAGCUACUCCUUCCCCGCCAUGCGCAAGCUCUCAAUCCAAAGCAGCGAUGCCUUUGCCCUGGUGUAUGCUGUGGAUGACCCAGAAUCACUAGAGGCUGUGAAAAGCCUCCGAGAUGAGAUUCUUGAGAUCAAAGAGGACAAGUACACACCAAUCGUGGUGGUGGGGAACAAGGUGGACAGAGAGGAGGAGCGUCAAGUGUCCAACGAGGACGUGCUGUCAACUGUAGAGAUGGAUUGGAACAACAGUUACGUUGAAGCUUCGGCAAAGGAGAACUCCAAUGUGGUGGAAGUGUUCAAGGAGCUUCUGCAACAGGCAAAUCUUCCCAGCCGCCUGAGCCCCGCUCUACGUCGACGCAGGGAGACUUUUCCAAAAGACACCGAUUUUCGGCCACCCAUGAACAAGACCAACAGCUGUAUUGUGUCAUAAUGAGUAUCACAGCAGGGGGUAGAGUGUUCUGUUUCACAAAUGGACAAAAUGGAUGAGAGUAUGGAAGGUAUGUUGGUGCUGCUGGACAGAGAAAAUGAGAGCGAAACCUGGACAUCAUUCAUAAGAGCUGCCUGAUUAGUAUUCUGGACCAAAAAAAAAAAA